GCACUUUGUCAGUCACAUUUGGCUCUGGCAUUUGUGUGUAUGGUGAAAAGUUAUGUCAAACUAAAACUCAUUUAAAUAAUCAUAUCAUUUAAACUUUAUUAAAUAAAUUGAUUCACGUGUUCAGUUAAUUACUUGAUUUAAAAUCUCGCUACCAAAUGUUAUUUAAUUUGCGGUAUUUUAAAUAUUUAAAUACAAUUGUCGUAAUUGUGCUGAUGCCGGGUGAACUUAACCUCUCAAAUUGUUUUUUUUUUUCGUCAUGUUGACUUUCAUGCGCACUUGAUAAUUUUUUCUCGUUAUAUUUAUAUUCAAUUAAAUUAUUUUAUUUUAUAUGUUAUAUGAAAAUUAAUAAGUGAUUUAAAAUGGCGGAUUAUAUUUCUGCGGAGUUGGCGGCAACUUGUGAUGCUCUUGGUUAUUAUGAUGGUGCUACUUAUCAUUUGGACUCUGAUGCUCUCAAUGUAAUAAAAGAUUUGAUAAAAUAUUUAAAACGAGACGAUGACACUCAUACAGUACGUCGUUAUCUUGGUCAAGCAAAGCUUCUAGAGACAGAUUUGAUACAAAUUUUAAUUCAGCAUUCCAAUAAAUCGGAAUUAUGGGAUGUUUUAUUACGGUUGAUGAUAAAUUUGACAAGUCCAGCUUUGAUGUUCUACAACGAAGAGCUACCAGCUGAAAGGACAAAUCGUAAUUAUUAUUUGCAAUUAGUCAGCUAUCUCCAGGGUUAUAAGAAAGCACUGACUGAUGACCGUUUGUGGACCGUCGUCAGUAAUCGUCUGGGGAAAAUAUUGAAAAUUGACACUAGCGAACGAGGUGAAGAAAACGAAUUAAUCAUCGAGAGGAUUUUAACAUUAAUUAGGAACGUACUUCAAGUACCUCCACAUGACAAUGACAAACGAGCUGACAAUGAUGCCACAGUUCACGAUGAGGUUUUGUUUGCACUUCAUGCCUCGGGUAUCGUUGAUCUCCUGUUAUUUAUUGCAAGUAACAGCAGUGAGCAACAAUUCCACGUUCAGAUUAUCGAGAUAAUAGCAUUGAUGCUACGUGAACAGAAUGCCAGUAAAUUAGCAGUAGUUGGCCUGGAAAGAACUGCCGAAGAAAAAGCACGCGAGGAGGCUAAAUUAUUGGCUGUAAGGCAAAAAGAAAUAACUGAGAAGAUGGAGAAAAUGAAAAAGUACAGCGGCUCGAGGCACUCACGGUUCGGAGGAACAUUUGUCGUGCAAAAUAUGAAAGCCAUUGGUGAUAACCAGAUGAUAUGUCACAAACCAUUUGAAAAAAUAGAGGCACUAGAAUUUUCACGUGAUAAAGGCAAGAUGAAGAAACCGAAAAACCGUGUCUUUGUUGAACCAUCAGUAGAGGAACGCAUGUCUGCACUGAGUGUACGUUUAUUUCUGAAAGAAUUUUGCGUGGAAUUUCUCAUUGGUGCUUACAAUCCCGUAAUGAGAUACGCAAAGUCCUUUAUUAUUGGAGAUAGUGCAGAUAAGUCUGACGGCAUUCAUUACUUUUGGGCAUUACGUUUCUUCAUGGAGUUUAACCGCCAUUACAAGUUUCAGGUGAAGUACGUGAGUGAAACAGUUUCAACAGAAACCUUUUAUUUGGUACAAAGACAAAUGGAACAGUAUUAUGAAUUGUUGAUGGCAGAUAAAAAGAAACCGGCAUUUUGGUUACGACGUUUACAUGAAGCUCUAAAAGCUUAUCAGGAACUCCUUCAUACAUUGGGCGCUAUGGAUAAAGCUCUUGACAAAGGCGUACGAGAUUCCAGCAAGGUCAUUAAAAGCAACAUAUUUUACGUACCGGAAUAUCGAGAAACGAUACUCGGGCAGCUUCUAUCGUACAAUGGGCUUAAAAUGUCGCGAAAUUAUUUAGUGGAUUUAAUAACAACAGUCCACAUUUUUCUCAAAAUGUUGGAGCAUUUUUGCGCCCAAAGUCGCAAUGUUAUGGUAGCAAAAUCCAAAGCAAAGAGACGUAAAAGUACUAAGAAAAAAAAUAAACCGGAAAAAGAAAAAGAGCAAACAACCGCCAUACAGAAAAGCUUAGACGAACGGUGGGAUGACGCGGGUCCAGAAUUAUCUGCUGUCAUGCAAGACGGUACAAUACCUGACGUCAUACCCUUUGAUGCAACUCUGGAUACGCCGAUCGAGGAUCAAAAGAGUGACGCGAUGAAGAGAAUUCAGAAAUUACUACGCAAAAAAGAAUUCGAGGAAGCUGUGGGUCUAUUACGAGCAUCCAGAGCAGUUUGGCCUGAGAAUGAUUGCUUCGGUAAACCAGACAUCCCAGUUGAAGAAGAAUUUCUAGCUCUCCGUGAAAUAUUUUUUGCCGACCUGGGUGUUCAGGAGGAAGCGGAAAAACAAAACGAGGAUGUGGAGAGUUUUCUGAACAAUGAGGGUGGAGAAAUUGAAGAUGAGAAUGAUGAAGAGAAUGAGGAAGAAGAUAAUGUUGUUGAGUGGGAGGAAACGAAAUUUGAUUUUAAAGAAUUUAUUCAUAGAUUUGCGAACGUAAAAGUAGUGAAAGCCGUUACCGUACUAUUGAAAACAUUUGAAAAGAACAGUAUGGAAUUAAACCGUUACAUUAUUAAAAUGUUACAUCGUAUUGCAUGGGAUUGCAAAAUGCCAGGGAUGAUUUUUCAGGCUUCAAUAUUUCGUGUCUUUCAACGCAUCCUGGAUUCGAAACACCACGAGCACAAGGAGUUGCAAAAGUUUGCCAGUUUCAUAAUUCGUCAGUUUGCGGAAGUGGCUCAAAAAAACCGGAAAGCGUACAUGGAGCUUCUCUUCUGGAAGAAUACUCGGGAGGCUACAGAAAUGGUUGAUGGGUACGAUGCAGCGAAUGCAGAAAAUAAAAAAAUAUCGCGCGCUGUCUGGAGUGAAGCUGAAGAGGAUGAACUACGUACUUUGUUUAUGGAACAUCAAACUAACAAGUAUCCUCAAGAUUUAAUCGAUUGGCUUUUGGAGAAUAUUAUUAGCGAAAAUCGAACACGUCGCGGUAUAAUUAAAAAACUCAAGGAGAUGUAUUUGAUCGUAAACUCUAAGGAAGUGAGGAAUGAAGUACAAAAACGGUUACCCAAAGAAUGGGGUGAAGAGGAAAUAACGCAAUUAAAAGAAAUGUGGGAAAAUGUUAAAAAUGAUGAUGAUCCAGUUGAUCUCAUUUACGGUGGAUUGAGGAUAAAACGCCCGAAGCCGAGAAUAAAGGAAAAGCUUUUGGAAUUAGGGCUGGCGAAGGAUCCAAAAGAAUUACGUAAAAAACGUACCAAGAAGAAUAAAAGCAAAAGUGACGGCUUACCCAAAGCGUCAUGGGAAACGCGGUCAGACAGUGAAGAAUCUGCGUCGAAUAGCGACGACGAGGACUCGUCGUCAGACUCGGAAAACACUGGGCGUCAUCCAGGCUCGUCAUCGAACUCUGCGCGCCCGAGCGCAGCCAAAAAAAAACUCGUUAAGAAACAAAAUAAAAAACGUCAGCCGACAAUUAUUUACAGCGAUGCACAGCUGUCGGGUCUACUGAAAGAGGUUAUCGAUAAUAAUAUGAGCGAGUCUCUAGAGUGGAUUAAGGAAUCACUGGAGGAGGCUUUGGAGGAUCGAGAUGAAGAAAGUGCCGAUGGCAUCCCGCUGGUCCCGAUAACGGAUUAUUCAUCAGCUGCAAUGGAAUCGCCAAUUUUUAUGCGAUUUCUUCGUGCUUCUGGUAUUGAACCACCCUCGAAUGAACAAGAAGCUUAUUGGCGAAUACCAGCCACAAUGCUUUCAUCUACAAUACGUAAACGUUGCGAUUUAAUCGCUAGUGCACUCGUGGGAAAUUUUGUUAUCCAAGAAUCAAUAACUUCGGAAAAAAUUCAAGUAAAUAGCGAUAGUGACUCAGAUGAUGAAGAAACUCAGCAUGACAUUGAAAAAAUAAAAAAAAUGUUUAAAAAAAAAUCAGAAUUACAAAAUAAAAGUAAAGGAAUCACAAGUACAUAUUUAGACUCAAGUAGUGAUGAAGAUACUGGCAGAUUAUUAAUGAAAGAUAAAUCUCUAUUGAUUGAUAAAAAUGAAGAAGAUAAAGAAGAAGAUAAAAUAAAUAAUGGAAAAGAAAAGGAAAAAAGACGGGGAAAUAAAUCAAAAGUACAUGGAGGGAAAUUAAAUUCAAGCCGUAUUAAAUCCAUCUUAAAUUCAUCUGACUCUGAAAUGGAAGUUGAAACUACUAAAAUUACUGAGAAUAAUUCUGAAGUUAAGAGAAUUAGAUCGGAAAAUUCAGAUACCGAAACUCCGGUAAUGAAAAAACGUCGCGUUAUUGACAGCGACGACGAUGAAGAGGAGGAGAGGGAGGGAGAAAAUGAGAAGAAAAAAGAAAGAGACCAAGAGAAUAAUUUUGAUAAGCUUUUAGAAUCAACUAAUACAAAACAAAGCCGCAGAAUCAUCAGUGAUGACGAGAGUGAUGACCCACAAGUUGAAGAACCUCGUCAGUCGAAAUCGCGUAAAAUUUUUAGCGAUGAUGAAGAUUGAGGUAUUUUAUUUUUAUACUUUUACAAUUUGUAGAGUUCAUAAUAAUACGUAAUAAUUUUUUAAAUGUAAUUAAUAUAAUUAUUAUAAACCGUUGAAAUAAAAUGGAAAUAAAAAUAAAAUUAAAAAUAUAAUUAAAUGUCAGUUUAAAGUAAAAAUUUAUCUAUUAUCAGAUAAAUGUCCUGUUAAAAAAUAUGACACGUGUCCUUUUAAAAGAACAAUAUGUCACUC